AUGGCCGGAACACUUGUUCAGAAAGCAGCGCAUCCGAUCCAUGCAUCAUCGCUCGACACCCAACUUGAUCUUUCAGCGCGACCCCGUAGCUCCAACCUUGAAGCUGUCUUUUCCCCGGUAAACAACGAUGGAUGCUUCGAUUUCGACCGCGUGUUGAAGAGUGGCUAUGUUCAAAAGCGCACACAAAAGACAAAGGUUAGCCUUUCUUUGAUACCUACCUCUCUCUGGAUUCCCUUCGCAGCAUUGCACUAUGCGCAUCAAAUUGCUUGGACAAUACUGACUGCUAUUCUUUUAACACAGAAGUGGAAGAGUGUCUACAUUGUGCUACGACCCAACACCCUUUCCCUAUACAAGAAUGAAACCGAAGAUCGACUGCGACACCAGCUUUACCUAUCCGAGCUCACUGCUGUCGCCGAACUUAAAGAUCCCAAGCACAAGCGCGAAAACGUUUUUGGUCUCUUUUCCCCAUCUCGCAACUACCACUUCCAAGCGAGUUCUGCCCAGGACGCCCAAGAAUGGAUGUCUUUGAUAAGAAAGGACGCGCGCAUCGACGAAGAGGAGGACGAGAUGUUUUUGGCCAACCCUCGUUCUGCGCAACAGUCCAGUAAUGGCGUGAAACCAGUCACCAUCGACAGCAACCAGCCUAACGAGCACGAACGCUUCCUCUCGAGCUCCCCGGAACCUAUGGCAUCAUCUGCCUCAAGAUACGUCACUUCGGCAGGCGGUAGGAGAAGAUCGUCGAUACUUGAAUCCUCGGGAAUGUCGGGUGCGGAGCUCGCGUCGCAUUCCGAUCUUUCCGAUAGCGAAGCUUUUCGUCCUCAAGACUCUUCUUUUGACAGCCUUACUGCCAAAUCGCCCGGCAACAUUCCCACAGGCACCGUCCCUCGACCAGGCCAGGGUAUCCGCUCGACGAGCCAGGUUAGCGUGUCCAAUGUUGAACAGGACCCUGAUCGCGUAAUUUGGCAGGGUCGGCUCUACCUCUUGCGCCAUCGCAGAGGACGAGUCUGA